CGCGACUCAGUCGCACCGCGAUCGAGAGAAGCAGCGGCCACGACAGGUGAGCCGACCAGAGCGAAGACGCGGUCACUCAGUUCGCGAUCCGCGACUUGCCCGUAGCCCGCGCGACAUCCGCGCUCUUUCAGACAUCUCGUUACUCUUCCGUCUCUAUGAGUGGGGACGCAGAAUACAUCACCAAUAAUUACAACAUGCGUAACAACGCCAAGCCGUCCUUCUGGGCGCAAAGGACGAAUAUGGAGAAGAGGCUGUUGCUAGUGGCGGGUGUUGUGUCGUUAAUUGCGAUAGCAUUUCUCGCCGCCUUCCUUGCCACGAUGCUAGUGCGGUCCACGGCCGAUGUCACCGACAUGCCACAGACUAGCGAACUAAGACUUUCCCCGUCAAUGCCGCCAGCUGUCGUCGCAAAGAGCCCCGAAGCAAAAACUUGCAACCUCCCUGGAUGUAUCCAUACAGCUUCGAAACUGCUCAUCAACAUGGAUGACAAGGUCGACCCCUGUGAUGACUUCUAUGACUUCGCUUGCGGCUCUUUCGUCAAGAAUACAAGAAUACCCGACGACAAGACAUCCGUCAACACGUUCUCCAUAAUCACUGACCAGCUGCAGGAACAAAUUCGUGCCUUACUUGACGAACCAAUAACCGAGAACGAACCUCGUCCCUUCGCUUUAGCCAAGACACUCUAUCAAGCUUGUAUGAAUAGAACUGCUAUCGAGUCUCGUGGCUUACAACCUCUACUCAAAAUGCUUCAAAAACUCGGUGGAUGGCCGGUGCUGCAAGGCAAUGCGUGGGACGAGCGUUCUUUCUCCUGGGAUGAAUCUGUUUACCGGUUCCGCUCAGCAGGUUAUUCCGUGGACUAUUUCCUCGAUUUCUCCAUCAGCGUUGACGUAAAGAACUCCACAAAACGAAUCAUCGAUCUCGACCAAGCGUCUCUAGGAUUGAGCAGGGAGUACUUGAACCGUGGCUUCAGCGACAAGCUCGUACUGGCUUAUUACGAUUACAUGGUUGAUAUAGCUACUCUUCUUGGAGCCGAUCGCUCCCGAGCCGAAGUGGAGCUCAAAGAUUCGCUGCAGUUUGAAAUGAAACUUGCCAACAUAUCCUUGCCACUCGAGAAACGUCGUAACGCGACUAGUUUAUAUAACCCGAUGACGAUUGCUGAAUUGCAGCAGAAGUUUCCGAGGAUCCCCUGGCUUUCGUACAUCAACCGUCUCCUGGCCCCACACAUGCAAGUCGGACUCGACGAAGUAGCCAUUGUUAACGUACCAAAAUAUAUAUCCGAUCUUGAGAAUCUACUCGAAAAUACCCCUAAGCGAGUGCAAGCUAACUAUGUGAUGUGGCGCGUGGCGGGCGCGUCGGUUUCCUACUUGACUGAUGACUUGCGCAAACGACAACUGGCUUAUGUCACAGCACUUUCGGGAAAAACUGAACGCGAGAGUCGCUGGAAGGAGUGCGCGGAUACCACCAGCGUCAGUAUGUCCAUCGCGGUAGGAGCUUUGUACAUCCGAAAAUAUUUCAAUGAAAAUUCGAAAGCGAAUGCCUUGGAAAUGGUUAAUGAUAUCAGGCAACAAUUCCGCAAGACGCUUACGGAAGUUGAGUGGAUGGAUGAACAGACUCGUCAAGAAGCUUUAGAAAAAGCCGACGCAAUGGCAUCUCACAUCGCCUAUCCCCACGAAAUGCUGGAUAACGAUAAAUUGACUGAAUUCUACUCUGGGCUGGAAAUGUCGUCUGACAAAUUGAUGGAAUCCGUUCUGAACCUGACGCUUUUCGGUACCGAGUAUCUAUUCAGCAAGCUGAGGGAACCCGUCAAUAAGACCGACUGGGUGACCCACGGCCGUCCCGCCAUUGUCAAUGCGUUCUACUCCUCCAUAGAAAAUAGUAUACAAUUCCCCGCUGGUAUCCUCCAAGGUGCGUUUUUCUCCGCCAAGCGUCCGGCCUACAUGAAUUACGGAGCUAUUGGCUUUGUUAUUGGUCAUGAAAUUACCCACGGAUUCGACGAUCAGGGUCGGCAAUUUGACAAGAACGGUAAUUUAGUAGAUUGGUGGCAAGAAAUGACUAAACAAAAAUACUUAGAGAAGGCUAAAUGCAUCAUAGAUCAGUAUUCAAACUAUACUGUCAAAGAAGUCGGAAUGAAGCUGAAUGGAGUGAAUACUCAAGGUGAAAAUAUAGCAGACAAUGGCGGUAUUAAGGAAGCGUAUUAUGCUUAUCAAGCGUGGAUUCAGCGUCAUGGUGAAGAGGCUCGCCUUCCUGGACUUGAAAAUUAUAGCCCCAGACAGUUAUUCUGGAUGAGUGCUGCCAAUACAUGGUGUUCCGUGUACCGUAACGAAGCGAUCAAACUUCGCAUAACAACAGGAUUCCACGCACCUGGCCGCUUCCGUGUCAUCGGCCCUAUGUCUAACAUGGAAGAAUUCGCUUCGGACUUCAAAUGCCCACUAGGUUCUCCUAUGAACCCAAUUAAAAAAUGCAAAGUGUGGUAAAUCAAUUUUGCGGUCUUAGAAAAUGCUCUCUCGGCGCAUACGGACAACAACAAUACGGACCCUAUCGAUAACAGAACUUAUUUAUGACCUCCCACGGAACUUAUAUACAUUACGCAGUUGUUACUCACUUUAAAGUCAUCCGAAGAAACUUGAAGGGUUCCGACACUUUCGGCACUUGCAGUGUGAAAUGUCAAAUUGUAACAUUCUGAUACAAGAAUCAAUAGUGUUGACAUUGCAAGUAAAUGUUUAGUAUUUACUUAAUCAGAGCAUCAGGAUGUCAGUGCGGCUACUUCUGGUCUACAUGUUAUUGGUAACGACGGUGUGUUUGAACGCAUUCGAGCUCACUGUUUUAAAUGCAUUUCAUAUAUUGUUCAACAUUGUCCUACUUCCGCAUUGGUGAGAUUUUAGACUGACCACUAAGAUUGUUGAUCGAAGGAUAGUUAUAUUUAUAGAUUAUAGACUUUGUACAUCAGAAGUACAAACGCCGAUAAACCUGAUAUAUUACUCUCACCGCCCGAGAUACAUUAGGUACUCCUUAAUUUCUAUCUUAAGUAAGUUCUAAGUCUUAUAUAUCUGGAGUCUUUGUGUACAGAUUUAUUGUAUUUGGACACAGAUAUUUACAUGAGUUCAAUUUUCUUUGAGAAAUGAUCUCACACAUCUGUAUGCGAAGGUUUCAUUUGUAAAAGUUUUUAUUGUACUUUUAUUUAUUACAUAAAUAUAUUUUACGAUCUUUAAUACUGAUUUUUUGAUAAGUAUUAAUAUAGCAAAUUAACUUUGUUAGAAAGUCAGAUUAAGAUUAAAAUAUUGUAAUUACAAUAAAUUAUAUGAAUCAGUAUUUUCACCCGUGAGCUUCCCUGUCACACGCUAUUAGGUGUCUGUGAAGUCACUCUCGAAAUGUUUAGAAAAUGUAAUACAGCAUAAUAUACAAAUAGGCCUAGUGAAGAU